AUGGCUCCUUCUACCAUAGAGAAACCGCUCGAUGUUGAAGAGUCUCAGCCACGUCCUAUGCCAAUGCAGGAUUCUGCACCAUUAGUGUUCCCGGAAGGCGGUCGGGAUGCAUGGCUCACCAUUGCAGGCGGGUGGAUGGUUUCAUUCUGCACUUUCGGCGCUAUUCAAUCCUUCGGCGUGUACCAAGACUACUACACGCGUAUUUUCCUCAACGAGCACCCUCCCUCCGAUAUCUCGUGGAUUGGUUCUGUUCAAAUAUUUUUCCUUUUUUCUAUCGGCAUCUUCAGUGGCAAGCUUUUCGACCAUGGGUAUUUCCGACAGUUGCUUGUCAGCGGAAGCACGCUCUACAUUGUCUCCUCCUUCUUGCUAUCCCUCGCAAAACCUCACCACUUCUAUCAAAACUUCUUGGCUCAGAGCUGUGGAAUGGGCAUUGGAAUGGGGACGAUAUUUCUGCCAAGUUUAUCAGUGGCCGCACAUUACUUCAAGCGCAGACGGGGAAUAGCUGUUGGAAUCAUGCUCUCAGGCUCUUCGGUUGGCGCCGUUAUCUAUCCAGUCAUGAUCAAUCACUUGUUUUCCUCUGUGGGUUUUGCAUGGGGCGUACGAGCAGUGUCCUUCCUUGAUACCGGCCUUCUCCUUUGCGCCAACCUCAUCAUGAAAACGAGACUCGCGCCCCGUCCUUCGGAAGUCGACAUGAAAGCAAUCUUGAAGGAUGUGCCGUUCUGGACCUGUCUUGUCGGGGAAGCAUUUACCUUUUGGGGCCUCUUCAUUCCCAUAUUUUACAUCCAGCUUUUUUCCGUCAAGCACAACGCGUCGAAAACACUACAGACUUAUUGUGUUGCGAUACUUAACGCAGCUGGUUUCUUCGGCCGGACAGUGCCCAUGUUCUUCUCAGAUCUCUGGGGGCCAUUCUAUGUCAUUGUCCCGGUCGUCUUCAUUUCAGGCUGCCUGUCCUUCGCAUUUUUGGGCGCUAAAUCCGAUGGUGGUCUCGUUAUAUUCGCCAUUCUAUAUGGGUUUUUCAGUGGAGGCUUUGUUUCGCUGUCCGUGCCCAUGUCAGCGACUUUUUCUCGAUCCGUGGCCGAGAUCGGGACCCGUAUUGGGCUGAUGAGCCUCACGUGCAGCUUCACUCUGCUCACCGGUAACCCCAUCUCAGGUGUACUCCUCCAUCCGCCGCGGUACACAUGGAUCGAUCCAAUCGUGUUCAGUGGGGUUACGAUCUUCACGGGCCUGGCGUUGAUAUCACUUGCUGGAUUACUUCAGCGCCUCCCGAAAGGAAGCAUUCCACAACGGGGAAAUCUAAGUACUUAG